AUGGCUGACCGUUACAUCCCCGAGCAUCGUCGUACCCAGUUCAAGGCGAAGAACACAUUCAAGCCUGAAGAGCUGCGACGCCGUCGUGAGGAGCAGCAGGUGGAGAUUCGCAAGGCCAAGCGUGAGGAGAACCUGGCAAAGAGACGAGGCAUCGGAGGAGGGGAACGACCUGGAGCCUCUCUGGGCGCAGAGCCGGAUAGCGACGAUGAUACCGCACCCACAGAGAGUCAGUUAAACGAGGACCUUCCUCAAAUGGUUCAGGGUGUUUUCUCGGACCAGAUUGACCUCCAAAUCCAAGCUACAACGAAAUUCCGAAAGCUGCUUUCCAAGGAGCGCAACCCGCCAAUUGAAGAGGUCAUCAAGACUGGAGUUGUCAGCCGUUUCGUCGUAUUCCUCCGAUCACCUCAUACACUCGUGCAGUUCGAAGCUGCCUGGGCUCUUACCAACAUUGCUUCAGGUUCGGCGCAACAAACGCAGGUUGUCAUUGAGGCUGGUGCUGUCCCAAUAUUCGUUGAGCUGUUAGGCAGUCACGAACCUGAUGUUAGAGAGCAAGCUGUUUGGGCUCUAGGAAACAUUGCUGGUGACAGUCCAUCAUGCCGGGAUUACGUUCUGAGCUGCGGUGCUCUCAAGCCACUUUUGAACCUUUUGGGCGACAGCCGCAAGCUGAGCAUGCUCCGCAAUGCCACAUGGACUCUCAGCAACUUCUGCCGUGGCAAAACCCCACAGCCAGAUUGGAACACCCAGAUCUUGCCUGCCCUACCAGUUUUAGCAAAGCUUGUGUACUCCUUGGACGAUGAGGUUUUGAUUGAUGCUUGCUGGGCUAUCUCAUAUCUUUCCGAUGGGGCCAAUGAUAAGAUCCAGGCCGUUAUCGAAGCCGGUAUCCCUCGCCGUCUCGUAGAGCUCCUCAUGCAUGCUUCUACCUCUGUCCAGACCCCUGCACUCCGAUCAGUUGGCAACAUUGUGACAGGUGAUGACGUCCAGACUCAAGUCAUCAUCAACAAUGGUGCUCUUCCAGCUCUGCUCUCGCUUUUGAGCUCCGGCAAAGACGGGAUUCGCAAGGAGGCUUGCUGGACCAUCUCCAACAUUACCGCCGGCAACUCCACUCAGAUCCAAGCUGUGAUCGAUGCCAACAUCAUCCCACCUUUGAUUCACCUGCUUUCCAACGGCGACCUGAAGACCCGCAAAGAGGCUUGCUGGGCCAUCUCGAACGCUACUUCAGGUGGACUUCAAAAACCUGAGCAGAUUCGAUAUCUUGUUAACCAGGGUUGCAUCAAGCCACUGUGUGACCUGCUUGCUUGCCCGGAUAACAAAAUCAUUCAGGUUGCCCUCGAUGGUCUUGAGAAUAUCUUGAAGGUCGGAGAGAUGGACAAGGAUGCCGCUGGCGAAGGCCAAGAGAGCAUCAAUAGAUACGCCCUUUUCAUUGAGGAAUGCCAAGGCAUGGAGAAGAUCCACGAUUGCCAAACCAAUGCCAACGAGGAAAUUUACAUGAAGGCAUACAACAUGAUCGAAAAGUACUUCUCGGAUGAAGAGGAGGCGACAGAUGAUGUUCAACAAACCAUUGCCGGCGAUCAGAGCAGCUUUGGAUUUGGCGCCAACAACGCGGCAGGUGGCGGUGGCUUUAACUUCGCCAAUGCUAACGGCGGCGACUCGAUGGAUAUGUAA